AAAAUUUAGGGAACACUCUUUAUUUUCCUUCUAAGCAUUGAUUACGUCCUUACAAUAUUCAUUAAAAAGGAAGCUAAAGUUGCCUGCCAUUUUGCAACUUUCUGAAUCGAAAACUUGUCGGCCAUUGCAAGGAUUCAGAAUUUCCAGGGCCCUUAUCGAUGGUCUACUCAUGGUAUAUUCUUGGUGCCGUGCACCUUCUUCUCCUUUGGGGUCUAAACCCAAUUACUGUCCUUGCCAUGCCACCUCCACCACCUGUUCGAUGCAACGAUUCUGGCUGCACCCUUUACAACUCCUACGGCGUCUGGAAUGAUCGGAAGCCUUGUAACGUUGCUAAUGUCUCUUACCCAUCAUCUGAAGAAGAACUACGCUUGGCUGUUGCAUAUGCUAAUAGAAAUAAACUCAAGGUUAAAGUGGUUAGCAGAUUUUCACACACAAUUCCCAAGUUUGCUUGUCCUGGUUCAGGGAAUGAGAGAUCGAUGUUAAUAAGCACACUGAAUUAUAAGUCUGGCAUUGAAAUUGACAUGGCUAAUUUAGCUGUCACAUCUGAUGCUGGAGUGGGUCUGCGUGAGCUGAUUGAUAAAGUUGAAGAAGCUGGAUUGAGCUUGGUGGCAGCUCCAUAUUGGGAGGGUGUGAGUGUGGGUGGACUUAUUAGCACUGGAGCACAUGGAAGCUCAUGGUGGGGUAAAGGUGGAGCUGUUCAUGAUCAUGUCAUUGGCCUUAGUCUUAUUGUCCCUGCAAAGGAGUCUGAAGGGUAUGCAAAAAUUAUCAGAAUUGGAGCCCAAGAUCCUCUGCUUAAGGCAGCCAAAGUAUCUCUAGGAAUGCUAGGCGUCAUCUCCAAGGUGAAGUUGUCCCUGGAGCCUGCAUUCAAAAGAAGCAUCACAUACAAUUUCACAGAUGAUGCUCAUAUAGAGGAUAUGAUCAUAGAUCAUGGGAAGAAAUAUGAAUUUGGUGAUAUUACUUGGUACCCGUCAAGGAAAACAGCUGUUUAUAGAUACGAUUUCAGAGUUCCUGUGAAUCUCUCUGGUGAUGGAGCAUUUGAUUUUCUUGGAUUUCAAUCCAACUCAAUUCUGGUAUCAAAGUCAACUAGAGCAGCAGAGAAAUCAUUGGAGAAAGCAAGGGAUGUGAGUGGGAAGUGCUUAUUGGCAAUUUCUUUUGUGGGAUUUAAGAAGUUGGUAGCCAAUGGAUUGAAGAAUAGCCUAAUCUUUACUGGCUAUCCAGUAGUGGGUCACCAGGGAAAAAUGCAGACAUCAGGUUCUUGUUUAUAUUCCCCAGAGGCAAGAAUCGAUACUUCUUGUGCUUGGGAUCCAAGAAUUAAUGGGCUCUUCUUUUAUGAAACAACAGCAAUAUUUCCUGCUUCAAAGUUUGUAGAUUUCAUCAAAGAUGUGAAAAAACUAAGAGACCUUAAACCAGAAAAUUUUUGUGGGGUUGAUAUCUACAAUGGGUUCCUGAUAAGAUUCAUCAAGGCAUCUCAGGCAUAUCUUGGACAAUCCGAGGAUUCAGUGGUUCUUGAUUUUAACUAUUAUCGUGCCGAUGAUCCUUCAACUCCAAGAUUAAACCAAGACAUCUGGGAAGAAGUAGAACAAAUGGCAUUCUUCAAAUAUGGGGCUAAACCACAUUGGGCUAAGAAUAGGAACCUAGCAUUCUUGGAUGUGCAGAGCAAGAAUCCUAAUCUUAGCAAGUUUCUUGCAGCAAAGAAGCUAUUAGAUCCUGAAAACAUGUUUUCUAGUGAAUGGUCAGAUGAGAUAUUAAUGUCAGGGAAAGAAGCUGUGAAAGGAGAUGGUUGUGCAUUGGAGGGGCAAUGUAUAUGCUCAGAAGACAAGCACUGUAGCCCAGAAAAUGGGUAUUUUUGCAGAACAGGGCUUGUGUAUAAAGAAGCUAGAGUCUGCAGGUAUUCAUUGUCCUCAACCACAUGAAAAAAUUCUCAAAAGAGUCAUCAAUUAAAUUCCUCAACCACACUUGAUCUGGGCAGCAGCUCAAUGAUUGAGUGUUUAUCUGAUAAAUCAUGAGGUUCAGAAUUUCAAAUUCAUUAUCCCAUUCGUUUUCUUUUA